AUGCCAACAACAACGACUUGCCCUGGCAGUCGAGAUCUCCAGGCCUCAACCCAAUCGAACACCCCUGGGAUGAACUCGAUCCACAUGUACGUCAACAUCAGAAGACGCAGCAGACACUUCCACAACUGGCCAACGCGUUACGAGCAGAAUGGCAAAGAAUCCCGCAGCGUCGCGGUGACUCUGGUCAUCACGGGGACGACACUUGCCGCUCAUGGAAUAAAAUGUCUGUGCGUGGACACAGAGAAGGACUUCCAGGUGAUAUGGAUUAAUGUGAUUGAGUUCAUUCUGGCAUCGGCAAUGAUGGUGAUGGCUGGUGGCCUUCUUCAUGUUGCAAGUCUCUCACCCGCCAGAAGCCACACAUUCAAGUCACUGUACAACCAGCUGACGUUCAACAGGAAUCUCAGGACAAGCAAUGCCUCAGUCAGACAACGCUUCCAUGCCUGGAUUACACAUACAGCCAAAUAUCAAGACCUCACACUAAAGGAGAUCCUUCAGAAGUCUUCGGACACCGUGUACGGAACAGACCACAGCUUUCAUAGGAUUAGGACUACGGGCGAGUUUCGUUCCCAGCACCAACUGACUGAUUACAGAUCGUAUGAGAAAUAUGUUCAACUGGUUUUGGAGGGAAAGGACAAUGUACUGUUCCCAGAACCCGUGAACUACCUAUCUAUCACGUCUGGAACAUCGUCUGGUAGAAGCAAAAUCUUUCCUCGGAAUAGUGAGAGCUACACCAAUACUAUAUUGAUGUCUCUACUAUGUGUGAAGGCUGAAAUGUAUUCUUAUCCUGGAAUGUAUUCUUUAAAGAAGCUUCAUGACGUUCGAGUGAUCGAUCCCCCAAAGGAGAUCGCCCCGGGGGUCCUACGGGGUCCCGCCUCCUCUUCCAGCUACCCACCUUGGCCAUUUACAGCCUCCCCUUCUCCUGUGUAUACGAUAGCGACGGAGAAAGAGUCGCUGUACGUCCAUGCUUUCUUUGGCCUUCUGGAACCCGACCUCAAAGUCCUGUCCUUCUUGACUGCUUCAGUUGCUUUGAACUUCUUCCGUAUGGUGGAGGAGAGGUGGGGGGAGCUGUGUGAUGAUGUGGAGCGUGGGACUUUGUCCAUGGAGCUGAGCAUCACAGAUGACCUUCGUCGACAGCUUCAAUGUCAUAUUAGACCAGACCCAGCUAGAGCCGCUGCAGUGAGGGAAGCUCUGAGUUAUGGAGGUCAGAAUAUGGUGCUCAAGCUUUGGCCUGGUUGCUGUCUUAUCAAAGGGACGGCCACGGGAAACUACGAAAACUCAGCCAAACUGUUACAGCGUUAUAUAGGCGACACGCCCAUCUUCUCCCCAUACCACAUCGCCACAGAGGCACUGUAUGGAGUUUGUGUCAAUUCGCGUGACAGUUACCCAGGUGUUGUCGAGUACACAAUCAACCCACAAGCCAACUUCUAUGAAUUUAUUCGAGAGGAGGAUACAUCUAAAGAACAGCCGGAUACUUUCCUAGCCACAGAGGUUGAGAUCGGGAAGACCUACGAGAUUGUCGUCAGCUCGAGAAUGACAGAUAUGAUUACAUUGUAG